AUGUGGUCGACCAAACUCUUGUGUCUUGCGCUGCAAGUCACGUCGUCAUUCUCUCUUCCCGCUGAAAUCCCGACUCAAGAGUAUCCAUCGCCGCAAGGAACCGGCAAAGGAAUUUGGAAAGAUGCGUACGCAAAAGCGCAGCAAUUUGUGGAUCGAUUGACGCUCGAGGAGAAGGUCAAUGUUACGCGUGGUUUCGCGGCGGAUAAUGUUUGCGCUGGUAACACGGGUACGAUUCCGCGCCUUGGAUGGCCUGGCUUGUGUCUGCAUGAUGCUGGUAACGGAGUGAGAGCGACGGAUUUUGUGAACUCGUAUCCUUCUGCUUUGCAUGUCGGUGCGAGUUGGGACAAGAAUUUGACGUAUCAGCGGGGGUAUUACAUGGGGAAGGAAUUCAAGGCCAAGGGAGUCAACGUCCUUCUUGGUCCAAAUGUUGGGCCUUUGGGAAGAACACCGCUUGGGGGACGAAACUGGGAGGGAUUCUCCGUGGAUCCCUACCUUACUGGCCAACUCAGCGCAGAGUCCAUCAUCGGGCAUCAAGACGCCGGAGUCAUCGCCAACGUCAAACACUUCAUCGCGAACGAGCAAGAAACCUACCGUCGCCCUUACUUCGGCAUCGAAGCAGUAUCCUCCAACGUCGACGACAAGACUCUUCACGAGUAUUAUCUCUGGCCCUUUGUGGAGUCGGUAAGAGCAGGCGUCGCAUCGGUGAUGUGUUCAUACAACCGCGUCAACGGAACGUAUGCCUGCGAGAACAGCAAGCUCAUGAACGGACUUCUCAAGACUGAGCUUGAGUUUGAGGGGUUUGUAUUGCUGGAUUGGAAUGCGCAGCAUAAUCUUGAGAGUGCGAAUGCGGGCCUUGAUAUGGUUAUGCCGAUGGGGGGAUUCUGGGGGGAGAAUUUGACGAUGGCUGUGGAGAAUGGGACAGUUAAGGAGGAGAGAGUUACGGAUAUGGCCACAAGAAUCCUGGCCGCUUGGUACCUCGUCGGCCAAGACAUCGACUUUCCAACCCCAGGUAUCGGAAUGAAGAACCUCUCUCUUCCCCACGAGCAAGUCGAAGCUCGUAUCCCCGAGUCGCGGCCAACCCUGCUCGAGGGCGCUAUCGCAGGCCAUGUACUGGUCAAGAACGAGAACAACACUCUUCCCUUUGCUCAAAAGCCCAAGAUGAUCUCUGUCUUUGGGUAUGAUGCCACCGUCGCCAAGACGAAGAAUACGGACAAUCUAUUCCAGUUGGGCUACACGUCAUCGCCAGAGAUGGGACAGGCUGUUCUUGGGACUGAAGAGCACUUUGACCAAGCUGCCAAGGGAGGAACGAUAGUUUCCGGGGGCAGGGCAGCUGCUAACUCGCCGCCUUAUAUCAGCGAUCCACUCAGCGCGAUUCAACAGAGAGCCGCAAAGGAUGGAAGCUGGGUGAACUGGGACCUUUCAUCCUCCAACCCCGACGUGAACGGUGCAACCGAUGUCUGCCUCGUCUUCAUCAACGCCAUGGCUACAGAGGGCUGGGACCGCGAUGGUCUUUACGACGAUUUCAGCGACGCUCUAGUCCUCAAUGUUGCAUCGCAAUGCGCCAAUACGAUUGUUACAAUCCACGCAGCAGGCAUUCGUCUUGUUGAUCAAUGGAUCGAACAUCCUAACAUCACAGCAACAAUCAUCGCACAUCUGCCCGGCCAAGAUAGUGGCGAGGCGCUCGUGAAGCUUCUUUAUGGUGAGGCUGAUUUCUCAGGGAAACUGCCCUACACCCUGGCCAAGAACGAGAGUGAUUAUACGCCUUACAAGCCCUGUGGACUGGAGGAGGGCAGCAAGGAUCCGCAGUGCGACUUUACUGAAGGCGUGUAUCUUGACUACCGCUCGUUCGACGAUCGGGAUGUCACGCCGAGGUUUGAGUUCGGGUAUGGACUUAGCUACACCGAGUUCGAGUACUCUGACUUAGUGGUCAAGGUUGCUGAGACAAGUGCUUCAGCUGCUGAUGAUGAUCUCUGGAGUACUUUUGCUACUGUUCAAGCCACUGUCUCCAAUAUCGGAAAGCGAGAUGGUGAGGAAGUUGCUCAGCUAUACGUUGCUAUUCCGAAUAGUCCACCCAAACAACUCCGAGGUUUUGAGAAAGUCAAGAUUAGCAGGGGUGAAUCUGUCGAUGUUCCAUUUGAGCUCACAAGACGUGACCUAAGUGUCUGGGACGUCGUCAAGCAAGAUUGGACUCUUCAGUCAGGCAAUUACACCAUUUUUGUCGGCUCCAGUAGCCGCACCCUCCCUUUAGAGGAGUCAUUCAGCAUAGAAGUUUAG